AUGGUGUCCACACCCAGAGAGUGGCCGACGUUUGAGAUUCUACUUGACGAGGUUGAGAAGUGCAAGAGGAAGUUCCAGGCGUUUUCCUUAACCCCUAUCCCUAGGACAAAGAACAAAAGGCCGGACAAGCUAGCAGAGUGCUCGAGAUCAGCCUUACGAUGGUUAGGCCGAGACGUUGCAGUGUUUACUUGCGAUCCAGCAGGGGGUUUUGAUGACAAAGCCUGCAACAACUACUGCAAGACACAAGGUUAUCCAGGAGGCUAUUGUGGUGGACCCGUUGUUGCGGAACCAGAUAAAAAAAAUUGUAUAUGCAAGAGUAAACACAAAAUGUGA